AGGGUGGGGCGGCCGGCGAACAGGCGGGGGCAGCUGCCACCCCUUCGCCGCACCAGCGAGCAGUAUGGCAGGCAAAGUGGUUGCAGAGUAGCGCUGUGUCGUCGUCGGCCGCCGUCGCUUUUCCUGCAGGAAUCCGGUGCCAAGGCCAUCGUCGGGCCGCCCCCGCGACGCCCCAGCCCAGGAGCUGCGGCCUCAGGUCACGGCCAGCGCAGCUCCGCGGCCACCCUGAGUCGGCUGCCGUCGUCGGCGCGCAAAGGUGAAAUGUCAGGGUCGCUGGCUGCUGCGCCGCCGAGCGCCUCCGAGCAGCUCCGAGGGCUGAUUGGGAGUGGCAUGCAUCCCCAGUGGUGGUGCAGUGCUUGAGUGCUGAGUUUUCCGCUGCUCUCUCUCACUACUGUGUGUAUUGAUUCGCGCCCACUGGUCAUCUGCAUACAUAAAACACAAUCAUGAGCGAACUUCAGGCCACCAUGGAAUUCUGCAUAGAGCUCUACAAGUUCUACAACGUUGACCUCUUCCAGCGAGGGUACUACCAGAUAAGGACCGGCCUCAAGGUGUCUCAAAAGUUGCCGGUCAAGGUGGAGGUCAGCUUGCCCAGGGCACAGGGAGAAUAUAAAAAGGCUGAUUCGGUUUUUCCCGCUUGCGUUGUCAAUGGUACAGGAGUGAGCAAAACCUUCCAGAUAUUGUACAGGAAUGAGGAAGUCCUUUUGGACGAUGUUUUCACCUUCAGGGUUCACAUCUUGGUCGACAGUCACAAAAUCGAGGAGACCCUGGAACGAGCCGACUUCCAGCUGAUAGUGGAGCUGUGGUUCACCGACCAGACUUUCGCGUCUGACCAACACAAUGCGAUCGCUAGCGUCUCCAGCCGCACGCUGCAGCUCAACUUUUCACCGACGCGCGGCCUUCAUUACCAUCUGCCAGUGUUGUUCGACUACUUCCACUUGGCGGCGGUCACCCUCACCAUCCACGCGAGCCUUGUCGCCCUGCACCAGCCCUACAUCAAGAAAAGCAUUCUUCAUUACGUGCAGAGCUGCACGCCUAGAUCGAGCAAGACAUGGCUGGGAGGGUCGCAAAAGUUUAACUUCCGGCCGCCGCCCUCCAACGUGGAAACCGUGUUCUUCGGUCAAUUGAACACGAACAAAUGCGUGGGAUCGGGGUCAUCGCGGAUCGCCCACGCGCGCCACGUGCACCGCGAAGUGUGCAGCAUCCUGCUGGCGUCGUUCGAGGCCCUGCAGUCGCGGCUGCACGAGUUCAUGCGACUGCUUCCCGCGUGGCAACAGCUGCGCCUCGAAAAGUCCGACUGCGUCUCCAGGUACUCGACCCUCAGCGACUUGGCCAAGGACACACAUCAUCGCAGUAAUCUGCUGUACGGCACCCACGGGACUCGUAGUGCGACGUCGACCCCGCCUUGGGAGAGACUUAGGUCCGUGGAGGGCGAGGAGGAGUUCGUGGCGCUGGCCAACUCGGACAUUGCCCAGCUGUGCGCGGAGAACAUCUUGCUGUGGCAGCAGUUUUUGGAGGCUUUCAGCUGCAAGGAACCGGUACACCAACACCUGGCCAGGGUGCACCACCAACUGAGGGUUAAAAGGUUCGCCGAGGCAUUUUUCGUGAUCGACAACCCUCGGCACAGUGCCAGUGGCUGCUACGACGCCAACUACCAAAGCUACCUCGCGGUCAGUGAGGCGGUGCGAAGGUCGCGCUACCUGGCUGCCCUCCCUCCUCUGCCUGUGUCGUGCGCCGAGCUUGAUGGUGAGCUGACCUCGAUGCCCAUCAUCUUUGAAGAUCAGUAUCAGGAUGUCGCCGAAUUCGCACGCAGGAGAAGCGGAGCAGGGAGAAAAGCUGGCUCAGAUCCCUUUCUGAGCGUUAACAGCAACGAUAAGGAGUCGUCGAGCUUGGGCGGUGGCUCCUUGAACGCGAUCGCCAUCUCAAACCCAACGCCGCCGCAGCAGACGCCACCGACACCAGCCAGUCUGCACAACGCACAAGGGACGACGCCCUUGCCCGACGACUGCAGUUGCGGCAUCAACGCCAUCCUCGAGUCGCGUUCGCAGAAAAUCCAGCAGGUGGUCAAAACCGGCCUCCAGCCUGCUCCCUCGCUCAGCAGGGCAAGACUCCAACAGCCAAACAAUUUUCGCUCCAUUCCCACUAACUCGGCUCCCAACUCGGCCUCAGCGUCCAGAGACGAGCUUCUGCUGGCAGAAGCGUUCGCGUCAAUCGUAAACUCUAAUCCCCAGCAGGCUGGCGAGGUCCUCAGAGCAACCCUCACCCUGACCCCAAGAGCCAAAGUCACUGAAGUCAUUGAAACGAAUACGCUUCCAGGAUUCCGGAGGUCUCUGCCUUCGCACAGCAAGUCUUUAGAUUACUUGAAGAAUAGCACCGGCCGUUCGCACCCUACCCUCGCCGACAUUCCGCCCCCUUUGCCCCCUCACGGACCCCACGAGCCGCCAUCCCUUGACCUGAUCCCCCCGAGCAGUGCCCGAAAUAAAAUGGCUCGCUCCCGGUCGACGCAGAUCAGACGAGAGCGCAGCGAGGAGGAGAGAAUCUUCAACGACCAAAUUAAUGAGAUUCGCCACCGUGAGAACGAGGUGUUGCGCAACGCUCUGCACCUGGAGUUGCACAAACUGCCGCAAAUGCCGAUGAACAACAAGCAGCGACGCCGGACACCUCCCCCCAAGUCGGUCAACGGCAUUUGCGAGAACUCGUCUUCAGACUCGAACGGCCCGAGCUCGGACUCGACGGCUCUGGCGUCGAACAAUCGAAAGCUGGAGACCAGUGCCAGCGUGCCGUACUCGCUCAGUGAGACGUUGCGUCACUCGCAGAGCACCAUGUCCGUUCCAGCCAUCUAUUGGAGGGGAAUCACAGAUCUCAACAGCGAGUCAAUGCCAAAUUUGGGCACAACCAUUCAGGUGGAAGCAAACUCAUUGUCACCGCAGUCAUCGUCGCCGCCAACGCUUCCCCUGUCGGCGCCGCCUAUUCCCAGCCCAUCGACGCACAAUCCUCCGUUCCCGGCGUUCCCACCUGUGCCCGACCUGUUGCAGCCAGGUGCACUGAAAAAGAACGAGCAGUUGAGCUCAUCUGCCAGCGACAUCACAUCGGAGCAAAGUGGCUGGGUGUCCAACUCGAGCCGAAGAUCAUCGCGCGACGUAUCAAGCGGACAACUGACACCUGAAGAGUUCAACAACAACAUAAAUGAUAAACUGGGAAAACUCAUCAUCAAUGACACUGCCAUGGUGAAUGGAGACCAACUCAAGGCUAAACUGGAGGAGCUCAAACAAUUUAGCGUUAAGAUGAAAAACAAAGCACCCAACACUGCCAAAGCGCUGCUACAGUACCAGGCCAAACACCCUUAUGAAGAAGUGCCGUUGCCCCCACCCAAGCAGUUCCGCGACCCACCCCUGUUCGCGCCCUCCGAAGACGAGGACGAGAUGACCCUGAAGCCUCCAGUCAUGUCCAUGCCCAACAUUCUGCCACAGCCGCUAUUAAGAAUCCCGAAACUUCCGCCAGAGCAGUUCAGGGACUCGCCCAUGAGAAACGUGCUCAGGAAGCAAGUCAGCCAGCAGUUUGGCUUACAGCAAAUGGAGCCUUUCCAUGUGUACGAGAGUUUGACCGACUUUGUCGCCAUCGACGGAAAGGUGUCGGCACUGGCUAGGCGAGCCGACCUGAUGCUGCCCGGCAAUACUUCCACCCUGCCGCCGAAACUUCCCAACAAGCUGACUCGACUGCCGACCGACAAAUCGGCGACAAUCAGCAGGCUGCCGGACAAACGCAGCGCAAACCAUUCCGACCCGCAGAUCAGCAAACGCACCAAUCAGACUCUCUCACCGCGAGAAUCACCAAAGACCGAUCAACAAAAGAAUUGUUCUUGUCCGAGUGACCCCCUGUUGCCACCCCCGGGGGCUCCGAGUCCGCAGCACGUGGCGUGUGAGUGCUUCAAGGAAAACGAGAAUUCAGUGACGGCCGACAACACGCAGACCAACACAGGCACCAACGGUGGAAUUGUAGGCAACGAGAGCAAUGAGGACCUGAGCAGCAAACAGCAAAAGGCUGGCACAGCAGAGGACGACGUCCUCAACUUCCUUAAGUACAAAGAAGACUUCAAACGGCAGAUGAAUUUUUCCGGCAUGUUGUGCAGCUCUAUUAUGGAUCACAGCGACUUUCCAACCCUCGCGUCCACCCUGCCUUACUUCCACAUCAGCGACGAGUACCGAAUAUUCUCGCCGGACGGACUGCACCUGGUCGUGUGCGUGCACGGCCUCGACGGUAACUCGGCCGACCUGCGCCUCGUCAAGACAUAUCUAGAGAUGGGGCUUCCAGGGGCCAACCUCGAGUUUCUCAUGUCGGAACGGAAUCAGGGUGACACGUUUUCAGACUUUGACACAAUGACUGAUAAGUUAGUAGCUGAGAUUUUGUUCCACAUCAGCGCUUGUAGCUUAAAUCCGGCCAAGAUCAGCUUCAUUGGCCACUCACUGGGCAACAUUAUCAUCCGCUCUGCCAUCACGAGGCCGCAGAUGAAGCCGCUGCUCGGCAAGUUCCACACUUUCCUCUCGCUCUCUGGCCCACACCUCGGCACCAUGUACAACUCCAGUGGUCUCGUCAACAUGGGAAUGUGGUUCAUGCAAAAAUGGAAAAAGUCAGGGUCACUGCUGCAGCUCUCGCUGAAGGACUCGCCGGACGUGCGGCAAACCUUCCUGUACCGGCUCAGCCAAAAAUCCAACUUGCACUGCUUCAAGAACAUUCUUCUCUGUGGUUCGAGCCAGGACAGAUACGUGCCGCUGCACUCUAGUCGUAUUGAGCUGUGCAAAGCUGCCGUUCGGGACACAACUGUCCAAGGGGCGGCCUAUCGCGAGAUGGUGCACAACAUCCUGACACCGAUCAUCAACAAGCCUGAGGUGACGUUCGUACGCUACGACGUGCACCACGCGUUGCCAAACACGGCCAACUCGCUGAUCGGGCGGGCGGCGCACAUCGCAGUGCUCGACUCGGAACUGUUCAUCGAGAAGUUCCUCGUGGUCACAGGGCUCAAGUACUUCAGAUGAAAGGACGAUGAACGCGUCAGGAGCAAAAGUGCGCCACCCACCCCGUCGACAAGCAGCGGCCGCCCUCGCAGCUCGUUUCGCUGUUGAUUGCGAUUUUUAUUUUCUAUGUGUACGUGAAAGUGUUUCAAGCCCACGCAAUGGAAAAUUUUGAGUGCACGGGGAUUUUUCAAACUUUGCGGCGUAUUCUUUUUUAUAUUGAGAUGAAAGGAUAAAUUUUAGCUCCAUCAGGUUCCUUUAAUGAUGCAGCCAAAAUUAAAAUAGCCACGAUAAAAACUGCAUUCCUUUUUCUGAAUUUUUUUCGAACGUGUGAAUUUCGUAUUAGUUUGGUAAGUUUCCGAGAUGUCUGUACUAAGAUGUUUCCCAAGAAUGAGACACCAAAUCCUGUAAUCUCAAUCAAAAUUGGUUUGAAUUCUCGAUUUGACUACGUAUAUUACUGUUUCUGUGUCUCCUUGGAAAAGAAAAACCAAAGAACAUGUUGACUAAUGUUGUAGAAUUUAACUGAAAACUAUUUAUAACCCCGGUACGGAGAGCUUAAGCGCGUAACAAAGCACAACAUGCAGUUUUGAACAGAGGAAAAUUCACGAAUGUCUCUCUAUUUUGACUCGGUACUUGUAAAUGGAACAGAUGAAGUGUAUUUAUGGAAGAUAAAUCAAACGUGAAAUACUAUGUUUCGUAUAAGAACACAGUCGUUGAAGCUACGUAGGCGAUUAAAAUUUUAAAACAAGUUUCAAAGUCAAGCUAGUUUUGACGUGCACAAAUUAAAAUAACAGCUAAUUUCUCAGAGGAAGCGAAAAUUUAAAGUAGGAACUGUCACCAACAUAGUUGACGUAUCAGCCUAAUUUUAUUUCACUCUUGAAGUAGUGAUAGUUCUGGCCUCAAUUUGGACCCGUGUUUCCUCAGUCAGUCUCACACGGAUUUAUUAGUUGAUUUGCAAAAAAAAAAACACGAAUUUAAAAUGCUCAACUUCAAUAAUCUGCGAUUUCCUCCAGUCGAAGCUCAACGCGUACAUACUUAUCUGUUAUAUAUCUGAACUUGAUAGAAAAGGACUUUUAACACUUAACACACCGUGGACGCAAACAUUUUUGGAAAAAGCAAGAUGAGAUUGAAAAGGUGUAAAUACUUAAUACUAAUUAUUGUAUUCCUUUGAAAAGCUCAAACAGGAAAUUAUCUCUUACGAACAACUCAGUAAAUACCCCCGCGUAAAACUAUACUGCUAAUUAUUAAUUGUAUAUUAUGAAUGAUUAUCAUAAGGUUUUAUAUGACGCGACAUUGUUGGCAAACGUAAAAAGGUGCAGUUAGGGAUUAUUGUAUACACGACCUAGGCUAUAAGGCAGAACGGAAACUGUAAAAGCAGGUAAAUCUCGUGUUGGCGAGAAGAGACCGAGGUUUGAACUUCCAAGCCGAGCAUAUAUUAUUGUACCAAAAUGAAACAAAUACACCCCGAUGCAUAGUACACGCAACUCUUGCUGUGAUUCACCACCGCGCGGAGGCCGGAAAUUUGGACGACCAUGCGAGCAGCGGUUCCAGACGGACAGAAGCAUCCAAAAAUUUAUUACAGUUUAAUAAAAAUCUGUCACUCAUUGUAAAA